AAGAAGAAGAAGAAGAAGAAGAAGAAGAAGAAGAAGAAGAAGAAGAAGAAGAAGAAGAAGAAGAAGAAGAAGAAGAAGAAGAAGAAGAAGAAGAAGAAGAAGAAGAAGAAGAAGAAGAAGAAGAAGAAGAAGCGGAAGUCGUCAUCAUCAGCUUGCGGCGGAGUUUUGAUUCCUGAUCGUUAUUGUUGUUGUUAUUGAUCGGGUUAUCGUUGUUAUCGAUCCGGUUAUUGACUGCUGUCCAGCCGGACCUCACGUGAGGAUGGAGGAGCAAACAGUUUCUCUGGUGGAUGUUCUGGAGGAAGACGAAGAGCUGGAGGAAGAAGCUUCUGCAGUGUUGGCAGGAAGUGACUCUGACCACUGCUCUUACCCUCAGGGCUAUGUGAAGCGGCAGGCGCUCUACGCUUGCAGCAGCUGCACGCCAAAGGGGGGGGAGGCAGCUGGAGUGUGUUUGGCGUGUUCAUACAAGUGUCACGAAGGGCAUGACCUCUUCGAACUCUACACAAAGAGGAGUUUCCGCUGUGACUGUGGCAACAGGAAGUUCAUGGAGCUGCAGUGCAAACUGUUUCCUGAGAAGGAGGAGCUCAACAGUCUGAACAGGUACAGCCAAAAUUUUUCUGGUCUUUACUGCACCUGCAGCCGGCCGUACCCAGACCCCGACGACCAGGUGGAGGACGAGAUGAUUCAGUGUGUGGUGUGUGAAGACUGGCUGCAUGGCAGGCACCUGGGCUGUGAUGUCCCAGACUGUGUGGAGCUGCAGGAGAUGAUCUGUGAAUCCUGUAUGAACAAAAACUCAUUCCUCUGGACCUAUGCAGCUCACCUGUCAGUUCCUGUGCCAAGUGCAGAAAUGCAGGUGAAGCAGGAAACAGAAGUAGACCAGUCAAACACGAAGCUUCCCCACAAAGAAGAAAAGGCAGAGGAUGUGGAGCCCAGCUGUAAGCGCAGCCGUGAGGACGCAGAACCUAGCUGCAGACUGAGAGUACUGCAGGCCAUUGGUCAGAAAAUAGUCCAAUCCGGAGCCGUGUUCUGGCCAUCAGCGUGGCGUUCCAAGCUCUGCUCCUGCAACACCUGCAAGGACUUCCUGUCUGCAGCCGGUCUCUCCUUCCUGCUGGACGAGUCUGACACAGUCCUCGCCUACGAGACCAAAGGAAAGAGCAGCGAGCAGCGAGGACACGACCCGCUGAUGUCUGCGCUGGACAACCUGAACCACGUGCAGCAGCUCGAGAUCAUCCAUGGGUACAACGACAUGAAGACGGAGCUGAAGGACUUCCUGCAGAGCUUCGCCUCAGAGGGGAAGGUGGUGACCCCUGACGAUAUCCGUCAGUUCUUCGAGCAGCAGCAGAGUCGGAAACGAGGACGAGACAACACCGGACGCUUCUAUCCUACCUGAUGACCUCUGACCUUUCAUGUUUUAAAUUUGUUAUCAUUUUAUUUUGAAGAUUUAAGACCUUCUCUUUACUAUGUGUGUGUGUUAGAGCUCACCACCAUACUGUUUAUUUCCUUUUUAAUGCAAACCAAUAAAACUCCAUCUGCUGAACAA